AUGACAAUAGGGAGAAUGGAGAACGUGGAGGUCUUCACUUCUGAGGGCAAAGGCAGGGGUCUGAAGGCCACUAAGGAGUUCUGGGCUGCGGAUGUCAUCUUCGCCGAGCGGGCUUAUUCCGCAGUGGUUUUUGACAGCCUUGUUAACUUUGUGUGCCAUACCUGCUUCAAGAGGCAGGAGAAGCUUCAUCGCUGUGGACAGUGCAAGUUCGCCCACUAUUGUGACCGCACCUGCCAGAAGGAUGCUUGGCUGAACCACAAGAACGAGUGUUCGGCCAUCAAGAGAUAUGGGAAGGUGCCCAAUGAGAACAUCAGGCUGGCGGCCCGCAUCAUGUGGCGGGUGGAGAGAGAGGGCACUGGGCUCACAGAGGGCUGCCUGGUGGCUGUGGAUGACCUGCAGAACCACGUGGAGCACUUCGGGGAGGAGGAGCAAAAGGAGCUGCGGGUGGACGUGGACACUUUCUUACAGUACUGGCCGCCCCAGAGCCAGCAGUUCAGCAUGCAGUACAUCUCACACAUCUUUGGCGUGAUUAGCUGCAAUGGCUUCACACUCAGUGACCAGAGAGGCCUGCAGGCAGUGGGUGUGGGCAUCUUCCCCAACCUGGGCUUGGUGAACCAUGACUGUUGGCCCAACUGCACCGUUAUAUUUAACAAUGGCAAUCAUGAGGCAGUGAAAUCCAUGUUUCACACCCAGAUGAGAAUUGAGCUCCGGGCCCUGGGCAAGAUCUCAGAAGGAGAGGAGCUGACCGUAUCCUAUAUCGACUUCCUUAACGUCAGUGAGGAGCGCAAGAGGCAGCUGAAGAAGCAGUACUACUUUGACUGCACGUGUGAGCACUGCCAAAAAAAGCUGAAGGAUGACCUCUUUCUGGGGGUGAAAGAUGACCCGAAGCCCUCUCCGGAAGCGGUAAAGGAAAUGAUACAGUUGUCCAAGGAUACACUGGAAAAAAUUGACAAGGCUCGCUCUGAGGGUUUAUACCAUGAGGUUGUGAAAUUGUGCCGGGAGUGCCUGCAGAAGCAGGAGCCAGUGUUUGCCGACACCAACCUCUACACGCUGCGGAUGCUGAGCACUGUUUCGGAGGUCCUCUCCUACCUCCAGGCCUUUGAGGAGGCCUCGCACUACGCCAGGAGGAUGGUGGAUGGCUAUAUGAAGCUCUACCACCCCAACAAUGCCCAGCUGGGCAUGGCCGUGAUGCGGGCAGGGCUGACCAACUGGCAUGCUGGGAACAUUGAGGUGGGGCACGGGAUGAUCUGCAAAGCCUAUGCCAUUCUCCUGGUGACACAUGGACCCUCCCACCCAAUCACCAAGGACUUAGAGGCCAUGCGGAUGCAGACGGAGAUGGAGCUGCGCAUGUUCCGCCAGAACGAGUUCAUGUACCACAAGAUGCGUGAGGCCGCCCUGAACAACCAGCCCAUGCAGGUCAUGGCAGAGCCCAGCAAUGAGCCAGCCCCGGCUCUGUUCCAUAAGAAGCAAUGA